CCAAAGCCUAUCGAUGGCGAGGAAGAAAGCCUUUUUGUUCCUGUCAUGGGGGUAACUGGCUCAGGGAAAAGCACGUUCAUCUCACUACUGGCCGAUGAGCAUGUUGCAAUCAGUGACAGUUUAAAUUCAUGUGAGUUAUCAGCUGGACACCCGUCAAGAGAUAGAUUGUUCUUUCUUGACACUCCUGGAUUCAACGAUACAAAUCGCUCUGACAUUGAGAUUCUCAAAGAAAUUGCUUCUUCCCUGGUCCACUGGCGCCAGAAGGGCUGGAAACUGGCCGGUGUGAUAUACUUGCACCGCAUCAUUGAUCCGCGGAUCGGAGGAGCUGCUUUAAAAAACCUCCAUAUGUUUCAAGCACUCUGCGGGAUCGAAAACUACCAUCGAAUUGUUCUAGUCACAAACAUGUGGAAUGAACUCGGACCAAGCGAAGUGGAGCAGCAAGUUGGUGAGCGAAGGGAAGCCGAAUUGCAGAAGCAACCCCAAUUUUGGGGACCGUUGAUUGAUCACGGUAGUCUGUGUAUGAGACACAAGGGCUCUAAAGAGUCGGCUUUGGAGAUCCUGGAUCUCAUUUGCGAUCUUGGGGGGGGCGUCGAUCUGCAGAUUGUCAGACAACUCGCGCUUCAUAACUUGCGACUGGACGAGACCGAAGCUGGUAAGUAUAUCCAAGCUGAGCUGCAGACAGCCAAGGAGAGAUCCGAGAGGGAGCACUCCUCGCUCAUGCAGAGCCUGGAUGAAGCAAGAGGGGAAGGGGACGAGGAGGCCGUCAAGGACAUUCAGAGUGAUAUUCAUGAAGCCACGAUGAGACUCGAGCAACUAGAUCGCCGCCGUAAGGAUCUCGAAAUAUCAGCUCAAGAACUGUCU